AUGUCUGUUAUUUUGUGCGAAGUUAGUAAAAAGAAGGAAGAUACAGUUGGUCACCUAGCAGCGGGGUCGCCGAGGCAAUUGAUUGACUUAAUUUUGCCAUUAAGACAUCACUUCCUGUUCCAAUUGCUCGGGACCGUACAGGAAGCGACCACCGGCAAAGUGGCGAAAGCCGCGUUGCCCCGCAUUCGACUCCCCGGCCGCGGCGAGUUGAGCGGCGACCACCGCCACGUGUUGCUGUUUACGCCGUGCGCCUGUUACCACUCACGGAUCAAGAAGUUCAGCGGCAGUUCAAUCAAAGCGGUGCGCUUUGAUGUGGCCUCUGUUUACGUGCUCCGCGCGUCUGUGUUUGCCGUUAAACAAACUCAUCGCAGCCAGCGUCGCCAACACAGUAACCACCAACAUUACUACGCGAACAUACAGUCCAAGCGAUACUGCAGCAUACUCGCUUUAAACGUGGUUUCCAAGGGAGAAUGUAAUUUGCGAGCUGCCAACACAAACGGCGGCAUGCCACCACCGCUGAUGGACCUCGCUCGAGAUCGAAUCUCGACCCGGGACGUGCGAUUUCAUCGCAACAAAAGUGUCACUUCUGCGCCGCCGCGCACGCAUCCCGGCCCCCGACAUGACGAGGGUAGUCACAGACAAGUUUUAAUCAAUCCCCGACCGCUACCA